AUGGCGGAUAUCCCUAAGUUCGACAAAGAUAUGGAACUCACCGACGACAUGCUCGAAGGGAUGGACCUACCGGAUGAUCCCUCUGGAUCCAACCUGCCCCGAACCCGAUUGCCCACGGUACUAUCCAUCUCCAAGAAGCCAUGUGUCGAAACCGGCUCUGACGUCCCUCCUCACGAACUGCCCGCUGCCACCUCGGACGUCACGGAAGGACCCGUGAACAUCCGCACGGUGGUUAUGCUGCUCUUCCCCGAGCCAGGCGCUGACGCCAUCCGCCCCACUUUGAUCUCCAAGAUCUUCGCCAAACUGACCCCCUCCCUCUUUGACUGUGGCUAUGUCCCUGAAGCCCGCACUACCAACGGCGACACCCUUCGCUUCGCCGGUCGGGUCUAUGCGUCGAUCUGCUACUCCUGGCCGACUAGGCAGUCUGCCAACGAGUUCCUCCCCGUCUUCGGGAACCCCAGUGAAAUCUCCCCCGGUCGCUCCAUCACUGUCAAGCCUUACAUCGACCCCUACCCCGAUGUCACUGAGGCUAAGGCGAACGGCGCCACCAUAGUCUCCCUGCGCAGGGUCCCGGCCCGUUUCGAGGAAUCGGACCUCCUUACGUACCUGGUGCCGCGCUGGCUUGCGGGUAUCAACUCCUUCCAUCGCAUGCAAGACCCCUACGCGGGGGUCUUCCUCCCCAUCCUCACCGGCAUCCCCAUCCCGCUGCCGGAAGACCCGGGCUUCCUCACCAUCCCGGCCCUGAUCCCCACCGGCGGCAACACCCGGGACAUUCUCGUGAAUGUCUCCUCCCACGAAUGCUCUAUCUGUGCGAGCAACCACCGGGUGGAGGACCAUGCGAUCUUCCCCUCCGCACCCAUCUCCUUCCGUGCCGACCCCGGUCUCCUCUUCAUCGGCACGGAUGCAGAUGUCGAACCAUGGACCUGCGUGCUCUGCGACUUUGCAUGCGGCCCGGUGCUGGACAGUGCUCUGGAACACAUGACAUCCGCACGGCACCGCUCCCAGCUGCUCGCCACUGCCAACGUGACCGCACCCAAGGAGACGUUCUACACCUGGAGUUUCUCCGCUUUCCAGAAGAAGGGGGAUAUCGAGGCCUUCCUCAUGAGGAUGCGGCUCAUGUCUCGCGCAUAA